AUGGCCGGGGGUUUUCCUAUGACGGCACUCGUGCUUAAGAUGAAGGCCGACAUUGGUAAGCAUACCGUCCACGGACGGGCUUGUGAAUGUACCAAGCCAGACUGGUCAAGCAGACUGGUCAAGCAGACUGGUCAAGCAGACUGGUCAAGCAGACUGGUCAAGCUGGCAGAAGAGGAAGCUCUGAAGCUCGCGAAAGCGGGGCCAACCGCACGACGGGCGUUCCGCCGUGUGGGAGCACUGGGAGGGUCAGAAGAAGAGAAACGUGGUGAGGGGCAGAGGGAAGAGGGCAGACUGCCGAAGGGUGUCGUCAGAGAUGAUGCUCCAUAA